AAUCAGAUCAAUAUCGUGGAAUUACAAAUAAUGCAUUAAAAAAAGCAAAAGAAAAAGGUACCUUUAAUCAAUAUAAUUAUUUAGAAGUUGGAAAGCAAUUAUGUUAUUUUCAUUAUCUUAAUAUUAUUGAGCCUGAUCGCAAUAAAUUAUCAGCUAAUCGUAUGCGAAACACUAAUAUACAAAAUAAUACAACCACUAGUGAUAAAAGGCAAGAAAGAAAGAAAAGAAAUAAUUUAAAAUAUAAACUUGCCGUUUUAAAUGAAGAAAUUGAUGUCAUGUGCUUACCAAUAGGUUAUACUACAGGAGUUCUUCUCUUACCAGAACUUUGCGAUGAUUGCUACAAGAAAUUGGAUGAUGACGGUAGUGGCACUAAUAUUAAUUCAUUUUUACAAAGACUUGAAAAAGGAGCUGAUACGUUUUCUGAAAAUGAUGGAUUUGAAGAAGAACUACAAAAUUUAGAAGAAGAUACAGAAGAGCAUGAAAAUAUUCAAGAAAGAGAUAUAAAUUUACAAAAUGCAUUAGAGGAUAUAGAUAAAUGGUAA